AUGCCUUUCCCGAACAUCAAGUCCAUGUUAUGGGACCUGGCAGAUGAAUACCGCCAGCCCAUCUCAAGCCCAAGAAAUAUACCACCACGUCAUAGUUAUCAUGGCCAUCGUGGGGAUACCGAAGCAAAUCCCCAACGGCAAGUCCUCAGACAAACCGCCCAGGAGACCCUCCACGUUCUCCCAGGUCUCCUGAACCGCCUAAACUCCGACCGGAAAGCCCACAAAUCUAAGAAAUUAUCGUCGAAGUCAGUCGGACACUUACACCCCAGCGACUGCCCGCGCUUCCCAACCCCCGCAACGAUCAGAGUCAUCAACGAUGAUACCCUCAACGUCGCCGUCAGACUAUUUGAGUCUGCACAAGCAGGCCGUAUUGAUCCAAGCCCGCAGAACCCCCGCCCAAUAAUCAUGAAUUUUGCCAGCCACCGAAAACCAGGCGGGGGCUGGCUGAACGGCGCGAUGGCACAAGAGGAAUCGAUCUGCUACCGGAGCUCACUGGCGCUAAGCCUCAACAGCAGGGAUUACCCGCUCGCUCUGGACGAGUCAAUCUACAGCCCCUACGUGCUGGUCAUGCGGAGUGACUUGGCGUCCGGACACACCCUGCUAGCGUCCCCCUCAACCCCGCCAGAAGAUCUUCCCGUUGUUAGCGGGAUUACCAUUGCCGCUCUCUAUCGACCUGCAAUUCGGACACUGGUACCGAGGGAUUCCCAAAAGCAGCGACGUGGCAGCCCACACUCACACUCACACAGCUCAUACCACAGCUCACACCACAGCUCACCUUCACCCUCGCCCCCUCGUCGACAUCCGCAACAAGUUUUUGCGCGCGACAAGGAUCGCAGGCUUACCAAAUCCAAAAUGAGGCAAGCACUCCGUAUUGCAGGAACUAAUGGGCACGGCAUGCUAGUCCUCGGGGCUUUGGGCUGUGGGGUCUAUGCGAACCCCCCUGCAGAGGUUGCGCAGUGCUGGCUUGAGGUUCUGAGGGAAACUGAGUUUCGCGGGAACUGGUGGCGUGAGGUGUGCUUUGCUGUUUAUGACCCGAAGAACGAAGGCAACUUUGCGACCUUUGAGCGAGCGUUGGCUGGGAAGAAAGUUUAG